ACAAAGAAGACACUUGGAGGAGCACAUUAGGGUCCUAGAAAGGGACUUGGGAAAGGCAUACAUGGAAGAGAACAUUGUCCGCAAUGCCGUUGAACAUCUACUUCUGAGACAAAGAUAACUCUACUUCUUUUCGACUUAUUUAAUGACUUGUUAACAAUAAACUUUAUUCCGUCCAGAAGUGCCAAAUAUGUUUGAGUGGAUAUGUUUUGUUUUGUUUUUUUACCAACAAUGAUAUAACAAUUAACUUAACUUAUUUCGUCGAUGUGUGCCAAAGAUGUUUAGUUGAAACCACUAUUUUGAUACAAAUAUUAAAACUCCAGUUGCACUCCUGUGGCAUGCAAAGUCUGCGGCAAACUGUAUGGCCGGCGGAGUAGCUACUCCAGACAUACACGCUCACACUUUAAGAAAAAAAAACGAGCAAGUAGCGUGCAGAAAGUGCCAACAACCAUUUGCCAAUCACAAACAAAUUCCAAAACAUAAGUGUAAACCAUGUCCCGAAGAACAAAUUGAAAUUGAAGAAGCAACUGUUACGGUCGAGACAACCCCACAUCAGGAGGCAGAGAACUUACGUGUGGAACCCACUCAGGAUAGUGAAGCUACUUUGACUACAAGUGAUGACCCCAUGAUUCAAAUUGAUAUUGAAGAAACAACUGUUACAGUCGAGACAACCCCACAUCAGGAGGCAGAGAACUUACGUGUGAAACCCACUCAGGAUAGUGAAGCUACUUUGACUACAAGUGAUGACCCCAUGAUUCAGAAAACAUGCCUGGUUGAAGGAUUAUGAUGUAGAGCUCUAAUUAUUUCUUUUACUUCCAGUUCCCCUGCGAUCGGAGGAAGCGACAUGGAGUGAUGUGCAAGGCAAAAUUCCCUUCACAAAGUCUCUUGGAUCGCCACAUUCAAAUGUUUCAUACCUUUGAUACGUGCAAUGUUGGUGACUGUCGGGUGAAAGUAAUCCUGGGGAACCCCAUAAAGAUGCAGCGCCACAGAACGACCUGUAAGGCUCGUUUAGCAGCUCAACAACAGCUCUUCCAACCAGAGGUUUCGUUAAAA